AUGUCUGUUGAAGAAACUGAAACUGAAGUCUUGUUGACCCACAAGAACGGCUCUACCGUCAGAAUUUUGAAAUUCGGAGCCAAUGUCCUCUCUUGGCAGCUCGCUGACAAAACUGAAAAGUUGUGGUUAUCUACAGCUGCGAAAUUGGAUGGUUCAAAGGCUGUUAGAGGUGGUAUUCCGUUAGUUUUCCCUGUUUUCGGGAAAUCCAAGGACCCAGAUCACCCAACGUUCCCGUUACCACAACACGGAUUUGCUAGGAACUCGCAUUGGGAAUUUUUGGGCCAAACCACUGAGUCCCCACUUGCGGUUCAGUUCGGUUUAGGUCCUGAAAACGUUGACCCGGAAUCAUUGAAGUUAUGGGACAAGGGUCAGAACGACUUCACCUUGAUUUUGACUGUUGCUUUAGAUGAAGAGUCAUUGAAAACUACCAUUGACGUGGAAAACACAGGGAAACACGAUUUUGAAUUCAAUUGGUUGUUCCAUACCUACAACAGAGUGCCUGAUAUCACUGACGUUUUGGUUACUAACUUCACCGACGCCAAGUGCUACGAUCAAUUGUUGGCAGAGGAAUACUCCGAAAAGGCUCCAAUUAUUCUGUUCCAUGAGGAAUUCGAUAGAAUAUACAAAGACGUCGAACAACAUAAGAUAGCCCAAAUCGUUGACAAGGGUAAGGUGUUAACUGAAGUGCACCGUGAAAAUUUACCUGAUUGUGUUGUUUGGAACCCUUGGAUUAAGAAGUCUGAAGGAAUGGGAGACUUUGAGCCAAAGUCUGGUUACCACAACAUGCUUUGUAUUGAACCUGGUCAUGUCGGAGAUUUCUACAAGUUGGCUCUGGGUAAGAAAUGGACUGCCAGCCAAGAAUUGGUCUCUGGAGGAGAAAUUAAGGUCCAAACAAAUAUCUUUUCGUAA